GCUUUGUCUGGUCGCCUGGCAACGCGGCACACGGGGCGAAACUCACCAAACCGGAGUUACAGACCAGACUCGUCCAGCCUGCAGUGACGUGAGAAGCAGCUUGAGGAGCGAGGAAACCCUGGAGUCAUGUUUCUCAAACUUGCUGGCCAAAAGAUAAAAAUAAAAAGUACCUAAACCUGCUUCUGGACAUGUUAUCAACACAGCUAUUGCUGAGAUGUGAUUUAUAGAGAAAUAAUGGUUCGACUAACUGUGGACCUAAUUGUGAAAAACAGCAAUCUAAAACCUCGAAAAGAAGAAACCACUGCACAAUGUCUGAAGAAAAUAACUCAUAUUAAUUUUUCAGACAAAAAUAUAGAUGCAAUUUCAGACCUCUCUCUUUGCAAAAAUCUCAGUGUUCUAUAUUUAUACGAUAAUCGUAUUAGUCAAGUCACUAACCUGAAUUAUGCCACAAAUCUGACCCAUCUGUACCUACAAAACAAUUGUAUUCCAUGUAUAGAGAGCCUCAGAUCAUUAAAGAAACUGGAAAAACUGUAUUUAGGAGGCAAUUACAUUGCUGUCAUAGAAGGUUUGGAGGGAUUAGAAGAACUAAGAGAGCUUCAUGUUGAGAGUCAAAGGCUUCCCCUUGGAGAAAAGCUUCUGUUUGAUCCAAGAACUCUUCGGUCUCUGGCAGUAAGAUCACAUUUGAAUAUUUUGAAAAGGAAUAUAAUGCUGAACAACUUACAAAGGAACAAGAAGAAAUCCCUCUCUAUAUUGAACAUCAGCAACAAUAAUAUUGAUGACAUAAGAGAUUUAGAAAUACUAGAGAACCUUAAUCACCUUAUAGCAGUUGACAAUCAGCUUCUACAUGUGAAGGAUUUAGAGUUUUUACUGAACAAGUUGACAAAACUACGGAAAAUGGAUCUCAGUGGAAAUCCUGUUUGUCUCAAACCAAAAUACAGAGACAGACUGAUAUUGGUGUCCAAAUCACUGGAAUAUCUUGAUGGAAAAGAAAUAAAAAGUGUGGAAAGACAAUUCCUAAUCAAUUGGAAAGCAUCCAAAGAUGCCAGAAAAGUCAGCAAGAAAAAGAGCAGUAAAAACGAAGAUACAAGCAACUCUUAGAUAAGUCUUUAGAAGAGCAAAGAUGAACCCUUUAAAGGGCGAUAGAACAUCUUUACUGUCAACAAUACAGAUGGAAGGACAUCUUCUGUCACCUACUGCUUUCUCUUCUUGAUCCUUCUAGCACAAUAAAAAAAAAAGUUCCUUAUUA